AUGCCUCUUGUCAAGCGAAAGCCCGUCGAGCUUUUCCCCCCACCCGCGGCUUCAGGCUCGGAAGAUCCCGAUGUCUUCUAUCUCCCCGCUACCGGCGAAGUAUUUGCCGACUUCGACACAUACUCGAACCGCAUCAGCUUCUAUAACCAAAAGAUAUUCCAAUGCGAGCUCACCGGUCGCAUCAAUCUCACUUAUUUCGAAGCUGUCAAGAGCGAACGUAAAGAGGCCAUUGCAUUGCACAAGAUCUUUCCCGAACAGCUCAAAGCGCCGGUCCUGCGGUCGGUCCAGUUCCAGAUCACAGGUCGAAUCGAUCAGCUGGUGGACCAGGUAUAUGAUCGGUUCAAGGAUCGAUUCUUUUCUGGCGAAACUGUUUUCUUUGAUCUGGAGGGCGAUAAGUACUAUGCUCGCGUGAGUGAGGUUAAGCCUGCCGCUUCUCUCACCUCCGCCGCUGCCAAUGGUGAAGCCGCAGAAGCAGACGCGGCGGAUGCAGAGAUAAAACAAGAGCCCAACGGUCACACCGAAUCUUCAUCCCACUCGACACCUCGUACCUCGCCCGCACCAACACCCAUCCAUACAAUCGGCACUAACCUCACCCUCGAUCUCGAAGAAGCCACCCUGAAGGACAACCCUUCGCAGUACACCUACACAGUCGACCUGCUCGACGACCAAGAUGAAGCCACCGGUGGAACGCACAUCACCUCCUGCGAGAAGCUCAGUCGAGACCGUCUCGCAUUCUCCAAAACCAUUCUCCGCAAGUAUCUGCGCGACUGCAUCUUGCGCGCUGCCAACAUUGGUGCUGAGUGGCGAGUCAAAGAGUGGUUAGCUAUCAAGUAUGGAAUUCCGUUGGAACCUACGGAUGAGAUCUCGCAGAAGAACGAAGCGCUGAAGGAUGCAAAACUUUCCAAGCGUAAGAAGUAUCUUCUUACUGAUGGCGAGGAAUCAUCCGCCUCUUCGCACAAGAAGAUUAAAGGUGAGGGUGGCAAGAAAUUGAGUGCUGCAGCGCAAAGAAAAGCUGAUGAAGCGGAGAAAGCUGCAAUCAAAAAGGCCAAGGAGGAAGAAAGGUUGCGUAAGAAGAAUCUCAAGUACCCGAUCGAAGAUUUGGAGUUGGAUCCGAUUACGAAGCGAGAACUGAUGGCGAAGAUCCCUAACGAGCCGCUGGCGAGGCGGAAAGAGAGACCUAUUCCGGGUCGAGGCGAGCAUGCUUUACCUGUUCCUGCGAAGCUGUUCGAGCAGUUCAUCACGACCUACUACUUCCUCAUUUCGCACGGGAAACCAUUGCUGCUGUCGCCGUUUACGCUGGACGACUACGAGCAAGCGCUGGAGCAUAAGCUUUCCGACCCAUCCUGCGCGCUCAUUAACGAGAUUCACCGUACGUUGAUCAAUCUCAUCGUCCGUGACGGUGGGUCGAGUUUGGUCGCGAACGGUUCAGCCCUAGCUGCAACUCUGGACGCUUCCGCACCUGCCAGCGUCGACGGCGACGAAGAGGAAGAAAACGACGACGCUGCAAGCGAAGCCGCCUCCGACGUCGACGAACUAGACCCCUCCCCUAACGGCACCCACCCUAACGGCAUCUCUCACAACAAUUCCGCAGAAGCAGAAGCAAUCACCUCUCUCCUCGAAGCAGCGCGAGAAAUCAGUAAAGGAUGGUCCACCCUCACUAUCCGUCCCGACAACCGACGCGAACGAUGGGAGAAUUCCCUAAUCGGACUCAUCGCCGCGCGUGCCACUCCCGAGUCGCUACCACGGAUGAUUGGGAUUCUUUCCCACCUUACUGCGGUCGAACACGCAGAUGGAUGCGUGGAUGGAGAAUGGGUUGCUGAGCUGUACGAUUCUUCAGCACAGAGGUACCCGCUUUUGGGAUUGAAAGAUAAGUUGCAGAUCAUUUACUUUUUAUGCGAACAAGCGGUGGGUGCAAAGGUGAUCAAAUCUUUCUACGAGGAAUGUGAGGCUCAGGUGACGGAAUUGAGAAAGGAGAAGAUUGAGGUUAGUAGGGAGAAGAAGCGCCUUGCUGAGGCGAGAGAGGAGUUUGAGGGGAAGAACAAGGACGAAGAUGAAGAAGAAGGGGAGAAGGAAGAAGGUGAAGGUGAGGAGGGUGAAGAGGAAGGCGAGGACGAAGAGGAGGAGGAGGAGGAGGAGGAGGAGGAAGAUGAACUUGUCUCAGAUUCCGAACCUGAUACUCGCUCCGCCCGAGAAGACUCCUCUUUCUCCGAUCGCAGCACCACCGGCGGUGGACGUGGUUCGGCCUCCCGCCAAGAAAUCCUUCGACAAAAAGCCAUCGAAAAACGAGCCCAAGAAGCAGCUCUACGUAUCGAACAGGCCAAAGCUCGCGAAGCGCACAAAGCGAAACGUGCCGAAAACAAAAUUCUCACCGCUCAACGUAAAAAGCUCGAUGACGAGGAGGCGAAGUUGGUUAAGCGGGAUGAAGCUAUCGAACGAGAGUUCCGGCGGUUGUUGCAUGCAUCCCGUAUGACUCCACUUGGUAGGGAUAGGUUCGGGGAUAAAUAUUGGUGGUUUGACGGUGUUGGGUCGUGUUCCCUUAUUCAGGGUAACGAGAAAAGCACGUAUCAAACCGGAAGGUUGUUCGUUCAAGCAGCGUCUGAAGCCGAAACUUUGCUGCUGAUUCCUGAGGAAGAACGACCAAAACCAACCAACCCAUAUGCUUUACUAUUCCACCAACCCAUCACACCCUCCCUCAUCUCUUCUCGUAAAGAAUCCGAAUUAGGCGGCGAAAGAGGAAUCCUUCAGCCGGGAGAAUGGGGGGUGUAUAGCGAACCAGAACGAAUCGAAGAACUUCUGUCCUGGCUCCGUACCAAAGGUCAUCGAGAACUACACCUCAAAAAUCAACUGCUAAAGUUUAAAUACUACAUGGAAAAUGGGAUGAGGAAGAGAAACAACGAUAUUAACGCCCAUCUAUUGCGCGGCGGUGGCAUGGCAGAGGAUGUAGUGAGAAGAUCGAGCAGAGCUUCGAAAUCGGAUAGUUCGAGUACGGGGAGAUUGGCUUAUAUGAGUUGGAAGAAUACUCUCGAUAAGGCCAAGUAG